GAGGAACAACAAUGGCGAGCGAGAAUCGAUAUCGCUUCUUCAAAUUUUGAGGAAAAUGGUUCGUAUUAACUAUUGUGGUAACUUAACAACUUUUAGUAUUACCUUGGUUUCUCCAAUAGAAAUUUCUUUAUUGAAAUAAAGCUUCAUGUAAAGGCGUUUCCUUAGGUUACAUAGUCUAACUUCUUUAAUCAUUCGCCUUCCCUAAAAUGUCACAUACCUCAGAGCCUGAUAAACAUUUCAAUAUUGUUCUUUUUGUUGUUGUUUAAAAACAUUUUUUGUUGAUUCUUGGGGCGUUUAAAGGAUCAAUGGUAGCUGCGUUUUUGUACAAGGAUCUGCAUGACCUACUUGUGACAGAUCAAGCCAUAAGGAGUGAAACAGACAACCAAAGGUGCCGUUAUUUUCAUAUUACUCCAUGUCGUUUACCUCUAAAAACACAUAACACGGAAACACAUAAGAUCUAAGUUCAACUAAACUGAACUGACACACUUUCCAAAAACCCUAGCUAGAGUUGGAAGACUCCCUGCUUGUCUCUGACCAUUCCACCUUCAUGAAAAAUUGGCUAAUUGAAUCUACCAAAAAUAUGUAAUAUUGCUUCCGUGGUUCUGGUCCAUUUUUAACUACAAUUUCUUCAUAGGUAUAUCAACUCCAGGAUAAUGGCCGUAACUAUGGACCCCAAGCCAGAGAAAUUGCGAGAAAAUGUCAUCCUAAACUUCAAAAACCUAAAGGUAACAUGAAAAUAAGCUCCUAUGCGUUGUUUUGGUGUAUUCUGACAAGAUAAAAUCUAUUUUCAGGUCUUGACAGCAGAGAAGCGCUGUAUGUUUUGGAGUGGCCCCAGCAAAAGGUAAAAAAACUACAAUAUAUUAUUGAAUAGUAUUUAUUCCUUCUUAAAUUAAAUUGAGUAUGGAGGAGAAUGAAUGAACUUUCUCAGAUGUUUUGUCAAACAUCACCUCUUACCCAAACGAUGAAUAAUUUUUUUUCGCAACUUUACUCUUUUUCAUGUGUGACAGUUUUUCAGAGGAAGGUUGUCAUGUAGUUACAUCAAAGAGUAACUCAAAAGAAACAGUUUGCAGUUGCAAUCAUUUGACGCAUUUUGCCGUCUUACUGGACUACGACAGUAGCACAAAGGUAAUAAAGUUAUUUUUGCCUUACUUAAUAGUUUUAUGGGCUCAAUGAACUAACUCAAUGUUGUCCUUCAAUUUUUCUUUUCUUGACACAGCUCACCGAGGAGGACGAAACAAUUCUGAAAGUUGCCACCUACGUGGGACUGAGCCUUUCCAUAAUCGGGAUACUUUUAACAUUAAUACUUUAUUCUUGCCUCACGUAAGCAAUGCACUCGAUUAAUAAUGAGGUAGAUUCUUAACUCUCCUCAACAAGGCUGGUGAUAAAAGAGAUCUCAAUGCCAGUCUCCAUGCAAACAAGAACAGUCAUGUCGGAUUAUUCACAAACUCAAGCUACAUUUCAUGCCCCAUCACGAACUUUUGAACAACUAAUGGUUUCACUUUUUAUGAAUUUUUUAGGCUUUAGACAUUUUCUUCGUAAUAUUUUCUUUUUUUGUCCUCUCUGGAGCUAUUUACUGACUUUCUUCUUUCCUUCGCUGUCAAGAUUUAGUUAAUUUUUUCCCAUUUUUUCCUGUGUGUUGUUGCUUUUGUCUCAUUCAUUCUUCUUGUUUUUAAUAUUAUUUUACCAGAGAUGUUCGUAAACCUCUCUCUCAAAUUCGACUGAGUGUUUCUAUUUCCCUUGGAGCUGGACAGAUUAUCUUCCUAGCCGGAAUAAACGCCACUGAAAACAAAGUAAGUAGCCUCUCCUUCUAUCCAUAGAAGCAAUUUCCUCUUUACACUCUAAAUAUCUUGUCGAAAGAAGCACAUUUAGAAUUAUACCAAAAAACUCUUUCUUUUUACAGGCUGCCUGUAUUACAAUAGCAGCUAUGAUGCAGUAUUUCUUGAUGGCCGCUUUCUGUUGGAUGCUGAUCGAGGGAAUUUAUUUCUACUUCUUUGUUGUGAAAGUUUACAACAUUAACACCAAGAUGUACAUGUAUCACGUCAUGUCAUGGGGUAAGUUUAUUAUUUUAAAACAUGCACUGGUAACUGUACCCAUACUUUCGGAUCGCUAAAUCUGGUGUUGUGAUGCGGUAAAAUGUUUUGAUAUCCUUCCUUUGUUUAUGGGUAGGUCUUCCAGUGAUCAUGGUGGCCAUUUCACUUGGCAUCGCUGCUGGAAAAGAAGGGUUACAAAGCUAUACGAGUGAUAAAUAGUAAGAAAAAAAUUCAAGGGUUUCUUCUUGCUCUUCUCCUUUUAAUUUGUUGCAUUUAACUCUUUGUUUUGUUUUUGGAUAUAGUUUGAAAUAGGUAUCAUUUUAUUUUCUGACAAUGUGUAUAUCUUUCUUGUGUUUCACUUCCUCGAGUUUAGUUGCUGGCUUUCCUCGACUAACAACCUGAUCUGGAUAUUUGUCGCCUUUGUGGCGUUUAUUGAAGUUGUGAGUUAAUGAUUAGUGUUGGUGAUUGUGAUUGGUAUUCCCUGGACUAAUUGCUGCGAAAGAUUUUUUCCUCUGCUCUUUAAAACGAAUUAAGUAUUUAUGAUAUGACCCAAGACAAUAUUUACCAUUUUCUUUUUCCUAUUUACUCACAAAAAGCUUUGGACGUAGCCGCUGUUUGCGGGGAUGCUGGUCAAUUUUAACCUACUGAUGGUCUUCAAUAGCGAGAAAAACCUGUGGAGACAAUGUCCUCACAGGCAUAAGAGAGCUUCAUAAAUUCUCCAACUUUUACUACACAGUAUGAACAAAAAACUUCUGCCCCUUCCUUCAACGCAAAAAUAACUCGUGAAAAAAAAAAAAAAACAAAAAAAAAAAUGAAAAAUGUGAAAGGAGCAGGGAGAGUAGGAUAUAUUUAUAUAAUUUAUAUAAUUUAACAUAAGGCUUUACUUGGCGUGGUUCUUUCAGUUUAGACACUUUUUUGCGCGAUUUCUUUUGCUCAUUGGCAGAGAUCGAAGCUCCUAAUCUUGGUCCCCCUGUUGGGAGCUCUAUUCCCUGUAAAUUACUCUUCAUCCCACGCUUGUUACCGAAUUAGUAACUUCCUUGGCAAAGAUCCUCCCAUACCUUGGCUAUUCGACAUCCAUAUCUAAAUAAUCGCUUUUUUUUGGUAUAUUUAAGCUCAACAUUUUGAUACUCCUACGUGUAAUAAGGGAGAUGACCAAUCUGUUGCAGCCAACAGGGGGAGACCACCAUUUUCAGCAAAUACGGUGAGAAUCACAGCAUAAAAAUAGUGGAAGACAUUGCCAUGCCCUCCUGUGGGGCUAUAUUUGCCUAGCUUUCUCAUUCCUUAAUCAGUAAGGCAUCAACAUAAAAAUUCAUUGUCAAAGGAAAGUAAAAGAAUGUUUUUUUCUAACUCCUAGUCUUGGCAUCAAAACAUGCGUGGUGAUGAUUCCCCAGCUGGGUGUCAUGUGGCUAUUCGGUCUCCUCUCGCCUGUAAAUAAAGCUUUCGCUUACAUCUUCACCAUACUUAACUCUACUCAGGUCAGUAUUCAAUGGUAACUGUUAAAAGACAUUAAUCGCUAUUACUUAUUUUACUUUCUGACCAAGUGAGACACCAUUAGGAUGGUCAGAUUACAUUUCUUUGGAAUUUUUAAAACAAAAAGGUGUCAACUAUGCAAGAGAAGGCAGACUUCUUUUUCAAUUAUAAGAUGUGCAAUUUUCCUUCCUUCUUGGAAAUCUUAAUAGAUAGUUGACUAAUUUGUUUGCAAAUUGUAAAAAUUAAUGAUCUAAAAAUCAUUUUUAUGCUGCAGGGUUUCCUGAUUUUCGCUCUACACUGUAUGCGAAACACUCAGGUAAGAAAAAACAUUGAACUGAUUAUUAACUUUAUAUCAUCAAGUUUUAGUGUUUCAAUAAAUAUUCGAGUGCUAAGAACCAUAUUUCGUGUUGCUCGUCUAUCUGCAGAUCAAAGAGCGAUUCAAAAGAAAGAUGAACAUCGUUUUUCCAUCUUCUAUAAAGGACAACUCCACAAGGAAGAGUCCACAGGUCAAUCUAAACGAGGUUGGGAAUGUAUGGGCAAUUUAA